AUGGAGAAGGUCAUGAGAAAAUUGAUAGCAGUCAAUGUGUUGGUUAUUUUGGUAGUCGGACUAAUGCUGACUGGGAAGUCGAGUGCAAUCAAUCUCGUUGGCUGCGCGACAUGCGUCCUCCCGUGCUUCACCAAUAUUUCGGAUCUUCAGUCACUUGGUAAGUGCGUCAUCGACUGCGUACCAACCUGCAUCCAACCAACUCAGAAUGAUGUUGGUGAAUUACAAGAUCUGGAUGGCCUCGACUACUGCAAGCUUGGCUGCGCUAUUUCUAUGUGCUCGAAUUUCAGCAAAAGAAAUGAUACCAAUGGUGAAAAAGUUGAUGGCUGUGUGGGAUCGUGCUCCAAUAAAUGUGUCAAGAGCUACUCAUUGCCUCAGAACAGUACUAAUUGA